AUGAGAGCACACUUAACCUUUUUGCUUUUCUUGAUACCAUUCAGCUUAAUCAAUUCCAGCUCAAAUAUUUUUUUGGUCAAUGGCUACUGUCAAGGCCAUGAACGUUCUUUGUUGCUCCAUUUGAAAAACAGCCUGAUAUUCAACCCCGCAAAAUCUUCAAAGCUAGUUAAUUGGAACCAAAAUGAUGAUGAUUGUUGCCAAUGGAAUGGGGUAACUUGCAUAGAGGGGCAUGUUACAGCCCUUGAUCUUAGUCAUGAGUCUAUUUCCGGAGGACUUAAUGCUUCAAGUUCUCUUUUCAGCCUGCAAUAUCUGCAGAGUUUGAAUUUAGCUUUAAAUGACUUUCAUUCUAUGAUGCCUCAAGAGCUGCAUCAACUUCAGAAUUUGAGGUAUUUGAACUUCUCCAACGCUGGCUUUCAAGGACAGAUCCCUACGGAAAUUUUUCACCUCAAAAGGUUGGUCACUCUUGAUUUGUCUUCUUCAUUUACUUCACAUCACGUCCUCAAACUUGAGAAUCCAAAUAUAGGGAUGUUUAUGAAAAACUUCACAGAUAUCACAAAAUUGUAUCUAGAUGGUGUAGCAAUAUCAGCCAGUGGAGAAGAAUGGGGUCGUUCUUUAUAUCCAUUGGGGGGCCUUCGUGUUCUAAGCAUGUCAUCAUGCAAUCUCUCUGGACCUAUUGAUUCUUCGCUAGCAAGGCUUCAGUCACUCUCUGUUCUAAAAUUGAGUCACAAUAAUUUGUCUAGCAUAGUGCCAGACUCCUUUGCAAAUUUCUCCAAUUUAACAACCCUACAAAUCAGUAGUUGUGGCUUGAAUGGUUUUUUCCCAAAAGAUAUCUUCCAAAUCCACACAUUAAAGGUCCUUGACAUAUCAUACAAUCAAAAUCUUAAUGGUUCUUUGCCAGAUUUCUCAACACUUGCAUCUCUUAAGUACUUAAAUCUUGCCGAUACAAAUUUCUCAGGACCACUUCCAAAUACUAUCUCCAAUCUGAAGCACCUGUCGACUAUUGAUCUAUCUCACUGCCAAUUCAAUGGAACACUUCCCAGUUCAAUGUCUAAGCUCACCCAACUUGUUUAUCUAGACUUGUCAUUUAAUAACUUCACAGGCUUACUCCCUUCUUUAAGCAUGUCCAAGAACCUCAGAUAUAUAUCCCUCCUUCGAAAUUAUUUAAGUGGAAAUUUACCAUCAAAUCAUUUUGAGGGCCUCAUAAAUCUUGUUAGCAUCAAUUUAGGGUUCAAUUCUUUCAACGGGAGUGUGCCAUCAUCUGUUCUUAAGCUCCCAUGUUUGAGAGAACUGAAGCUUCCCUAUAAUAAGCUUAGUGGUAUCUUGGGUGAAUUUCACAAUGCUUCUUCACCUCUAUUGGAGAUGAUAGAUUUGUCCAAUAAUUAUUUACAAGGCCCUAUUCCAUUAUCUAUCUUUAACCUUCAAACACUUCGUUUCAUUCAACUUUCUUCCAACAAGUUUAAUGGUACAGUAAAGUUGGACGUCAUUAGAAAGUUAAGUAAUUUAACUGUAUUAGGGCUAUCAUAUAACAAUCUUUUGGUUGAUGUCAACUUCAAAUAUGAUCAUAACAUGUCAUCCUUUCCAAAGAUGAGAAUUCUAGAUUUGGAAUCUUGUAAGCUGUUACAAAUUCCUAGUUUCUUGAAAAACCAAUCCACAAUAUUAUCUAUUCACAUGGCUGACAAUAACAUUGAAGGACCAAUACCUAAGUGGAUUUGGCAACUUGAAUCUCUUGUUAGCUUGAAUCUUUCCCAUAAUUAUUUUACAGGUUUGGAAGAAAGUUUUUCGAACUUCAGUUCUAACCUUAACACUGUUGAUCUAAGUUAUAACAACCUCCAAGGGCCAAUUCCUUUAGUUCCAAAGUACGCCGCUUAUUUGGACUAUUCAAGCAACAACUUCAGCUCUAUCAUUCCACCAGACAUUGGGAACCACCUCCCUUACAUGACUUUUAUGUUUCUUUCAAACAACAAAUUUCAAGGACAAAUCCAUGAUUCUUUUUGUAAUGCAACUAGUCUAAGGUUGCUAGAUCUUUCCCAUAAUAACUUUCUCGGGAAAAUUCCCAAGUGUUUUGAAGCACUGAGUAGCAAUCUAAGAGUGUUGAAUUUCGGUGGAAACAAGCUCCGAGGUCAAAUUCCUAGUAGUAUGUUUCCAAAUUUAUGCGCACUAAGGUUUGUUGAUCUAAAUGACAAUCUUUUAGGAGGUCCUAUACCAAAAUCCUUGAUCAAUUGUAAGGAACUACAAGUCUUAAACCUUGGAAAGAAUGCAUUAACAGGCAGAUUUCCAUGUUUUCUAAGUAAAAUUCCAACAUUGAGAAUCAUGGUUUUAAGGUCAAAUAAGCUGCAUGGGUCUAUCAGAUGCCCAAAUAGCACUGGUUAUUGGAAGAUGCUUCAUAUCGUUGAUCUAGCACGCAAUAACUUCAGUGGCAUGAUAUCAUCUGCACUCUUAAAUAGUUGGCAAGCAAUGAUGCGUGACGAAGACGUGCUUGGACCAGAAUUCGGCAGUUUGUUUUUUGAAGUUUAUGAUAACUAUCACCAAAUGGGUUUUAAGGAUGUAGUACGGAUGAUGGAAAAAUUUUGUGCUAAGCAAGUGGCCCAACUUCUUUUAAAUAUGUCCCAUUCUGAUCUGUAUCAAGUAUUCUCUGACAGGACCGCAGAACAUGUGGAUCUUGGUCGUUAUCAGGAGUCAAUUAUUAUUGUCAACAAAGGUCAUCAGAUGAAGCUUGUCAAAGUUCAAACGGCUUUCACUUAUGUGGAUAUGUCAAGCAAUUACUUAGAGGGACAAAUACCUGAUGAGUUAAUGCAAUUCAAGGCAUUGAUGGCUCUAAACUUGUCACAUAAUGCAUUAACGGGACAUAUACCAUCAUCAGUGGAGAAUUUAAAGCAUCUUGAGUGUAUGGACUUGUCAAACAACUCCUUGAAUGGAGAGAUUCCUCAAGGGCUUUCAAGUCUAUCUUUCCUAGCAUAUAUGAACCUCUCGUUCAAUCACCUCGUGGGGCGAAUUCCUUUGGGUACUCAAAUUCAAUCAUUUGAUGUAGACUCCUUCAAAGGGAAUGAAGGGUUAUGUGGACCUCCACUGACCACCAAUUGCGACGAUGGCGGAGUGCAAGGGCUGCCACCACCAGCAUCCGAGUUAUCUCCUUGUCAUAAUGACAGUUCAAUUGAUUGGAAUUUCUUAAGUGUGGAGUUGGGAUUUAUUUUUGGCCUUGGAAUUUUCAUCCUCCCCCUUGUUUGCUUGAUGAAAUGGAGGUUGUGGUAUUCCAAUCAUGCAGAUGAAAUGCUUCACAGGUUCAUCCCCCAGCUAGAUUUUGUGUAUGAACAGCAUGAAGGGAAGAGGUGUAGAUCUCUAAGGUGGAGGUACUAG